AUGCCCUCCUCGCUGGCCGAUUACCUCGCCAAAAACUACCUCACCGCUGAUACCGGGUCAGAACGCCCCAAGAAAAAACGCAAGAAGACCAAACCCUCCGAAGGCGCCGGCCUCAUCAUCGCCGAUGACGAUCCACCCGAUCUUCGCACCUCAGCCUCUGCAUUUGACAAUGAUGAUGAGGAUCGCCCGUCGGUCGUGACAUCUGGCCGAAGCGCGGAAUUCCGUCGCGCGAAGAAAUCCAAUUGGAAGGUUAUCGGGGGAUCUGCAGACAGCGAGAAGGAAGCAGCGGAUGCGAUCCUGGCCUCUGCAGCGGCUGAGAAUGCCGCUCGUCGGAACGCAGAUGAAGAUGCACCUGCUGUGGCGGAGGAAGAGGUCGAUGAUGACAACGACGGGACGCGCAUGGAGUCUGGGGCCCGGGCGGGUCUUCAAACGGCAGAACAGACAGCAGCCAUGGUGGCAGCGCAGGAGCGACAACGAAAAAUAGAGGCGGCGAAAUAUAAGGACAGUCCGCAGGAGGGACAGACACAGGAGACGAUCUACCGUGAUGCGUCCGGACGGAUCAUUAACGUGGCGAUGAAACGGGCGGAAGCGCGACGAGCGGAGGAGGAGAAGCGGGAGAAGGAAGAACAGGCGCGCGAGGAGCUCAUGGGCGAUGUGCAGAGACAGGAGCGAGCGAAUCGAAAGCAGCAGUUACAAGAGGUACGGGCAAUGCCCGUGGCGCGCACGAUCGAGGAUGAUGCUCUGAACGAGGAGCUCAAGGAGCAGCAGCGGUGGAACGAUCCUGCAGCUCAAUUCAUGACCAAGACGAAAGGCCCUGGGAAGAGUGUCACGGGUCGUCCGUUAUACCAGGGGGCGUUUCAACCAAACCGGUAUGGGAUCAGACCGGGUCAUCGAUGGGAUGGGGUGGACCGCAGCACUGGGUUUGAGAAGGACUGGUUUGGAGCCAGGAAUCGCAAGGGAAGACUCGAGGCAUUGGAUUACCAGUGGCAGAUGGAUGAGUGA